AUGGCGAGGGCGGCUGUUGAUAUUUUGCGGCUAGGGUCCAGCCUUUCUCGUCGCCAAGGGCUUACAGCCUUCUCUUUCUCGCGGCCCUUUUCAGCCGCAGCCGUUUCACCCCCCGGCAGCAGUGCUAAGACCGACGAGCUACAAGCAGCAUCACCUUCCACGAAACCGAGGAAGAUCCAGUGCUGGAAGCCAGAUCCCGUGUCCGGGGUGUGGGUGCCUGAGGACUCGUUCGGUUAUGUGGAGUCUAGCACCACAGAAACGCCGCAGAAGAGAAAGCGUAGCUUUCUGGGGGCGUCCAUGGACGAGCGUGCAUGGUGGUCGUCACUGGAAGAGCUGCCAGAGGAUCGCAUGCAGCCCACGUUCAAAUAA